AUGGCUUCUGCUUUUUAAGAUAGUUCUAUAAGAGGCAUAUUUUAGAAGUAUUUAUUAUUGAUUUUGUGUAUAGGGCAAAAAGCAAGAAAUUUUAUGAUUAAGAAAUUGAAGAGAAGUAGAAAGCAGAGAUAUGUAAGAACUUUCUUUUCAAAGGAUCAUGCAAAUAUUCAGAGAAUGUAUAGAUAAUAAUAAUUAAUGUUAAUUUGCUCAUGGAGAUAAUGGAUUGAGAGAGAGAUUACAUUCAAAUGAGAAUUUCAAAAUAAAACUAUACAAAAACUAUCAUAAAUUUGGAGCUUGUUCUUAUGGAUUAAAAUGCUAAUAUUUACAUUCAGAAAUAAAAGACAAGAUAAAAUUGUGGGGUUAUAUUUAGAAAUAAUUAAAAAAGAAUAUAGUUCCAUUUACUUUUCCCUGGGAUAAGCAAGAAAAACAUCUUUAAUCUAAAGGAUGGAUAUAUUAAGGUUUUAAAGAGUAUUUAAAGAUUAUCAAGAGGUAGAAUAACUAUCUUAUUUUAAAAAACUUUGUGUAUGAAGGAUUUAUGUUUUAAUAAAUAAAAUAAUAUAUGA